CCUCCACGCCCGUCUCGCCCGUACCCCGCCCGCCUGUCCGACCCACCGGCGCCGCAGCUGCGCACAUACAUGGCCUUCUCCUUCGGCGCGCCCGCAGCAGCGGCGCCCGCGACGUCCGCGCCGUCCUUCUCCUUCGGCGCACCCGCCGCAGCGCCCGCUGCCGGCUCCAGCACCGGCGCCUUCUCCUUUGGCGCGCCGCAGGGCCAGCAGCAGCAGGGCCAGCAGCAGGGCCAGCAGCCGCAGCAGGGCGCUGCCCCCGCAGCCGGCGGCUUCAGCUUUGGCGCCUCGGCACAGCAGCAACAGCAGCAGCCUCAGCAGCAGCAGUCGACGGGCUUCAGCUUCGGUGCGCCGGCUCAGCAGCAGCCGCAGCAGCAACAGCAGGGCGGCGGCUUCUCCUUCGGCGCCAAGCCGGCAGCCACGGCGGGCUCGUCGCUGUUCGGCGCGCCGGCGCAGCAGCAGCAGCAGCAGCAGCCACAACAACAGGGCUUCGGCCAGUCGGGCGCCACGCAGUCCAGUCUCUUCGGCGGCUCGCUCGGCCUCGGCCAAUCGCAGGCACAGCCGUUCGGCCAGUCGCAGACGCAGCAGCCGCCGCAAGGGCAGCAGCAAGGGCAACAACAACCACAGCAGCAGCAGCAGCAGCAGCAGCAGCAGCUGGACAAGCGGUUGGGCCCGUCGCUGGCGCCGCGCAUUGCCGCAAUCCACAAGGCGUGGAACACGCAGGACCUGCAGAGCUGCCGCUUCCUGGCAUACCUCUACACGUCGCUGCCUGCCUCCUUGAUCGCGCAGUUCGGGCCGCAGGGCGCAGGCGGUGCAGGCCCGCUCUCGCAGUACCCCAACCUCGGCCGGCGAGCGGACGCAGUGGGCCCGCGCCACGAGGCACUGUGGGCGCAGGCGGUGCGGGAGAACCCGGAUCCGGAGAGGCUCGUGCCAGCGCUGGCCGUCGGCUUCUCCGAUCUCAAGUCGCGCUCCGAGCAGCAGGCGAGCGAGGCGGCACGGCAGCUUGCACGGCUCGGCGAGCUCCGCACUCGGCUCUCGGCGCUGGAGCAAGCGCAUGCAUUGCGCAACUCCUCUCGCGCUGCAGCAGCAGCUCGGCGUCAAGUGGCGCUGCACCAGCGGCUCGUGGCGCACGCGCGGCGCGCCCACCUGCUCAUCCCGGCGCUGCGCGGCGCCAGCGUGGGUGCCGACGAGGAGCGUCUGCGCGAGAAGCUCGAGCGCUGCGAGGCUGAGCUGGAGGCGCAGGGCGCCGGCGUGGGGCAGGGGCGCCUGCGCGCGCGCGUCAACGAGCUCUGGGCCGUGCUGGGUGCGCUCAAGGCGAAGCGCGAGAUGGGCAAGGGCAGAGAGGAGUGGGCGGUCGUCGACGACGCCGCCAUCGAGGAUGUGGCCAAGAUCCUGGCGUCGCAGCAGCAGGGCCUCAACCACCUCAGCUCGACGCUCGAGGCCGACACGCGCGCCCUCGACACCAUCGUGCGCGGCCUGCAGGGCGUGCAGCUUGUCGGCGUCAAGGGCGAGGGGGCGGGAGACCGGUGAUGAGACACGCUCGCUUGCCAUGCAAUGCACUCUUGUCACGCUACACCUUGCUGCCGCUGCAUCUCUCGAGACAAGACCGUGGAC